CAAACCAACUCGUCCGAGUCCCAGAAGACAUUGCAAAUUCCUCUGCGCAAUGUCGAGAUACCCAAACUCGGGCCUCGAACAGCUUCGGCAGUCCUUAGCUUACAAGUGCAUGAAAAUGGCCAAGUUCGAUGAAUUUGAGCCGACAACCAUCCACUUCGCCACCUAUCAGAAAGCCGGAGAAAGCACCAAUUGGAAGAAAUGCUUGCCGUUGAAAGCCGCAAUUGUUUACCAUUGCAUCACAGGGGAGCACGUAAAAGAGGAGACCAAAGAUGGGGAGCCCGUAAAGGGUAAGGCCCAAGAGCUGUUGGAAAAUAUAACCAAGGAAUGCGUGUCUCGCAUCAAUAAGGCCGCAUCUGAAGCAAAAACCAAAGGAAGUACUGAUCGAACUAGCAUAACCGUUGAAGAUGAUGCACAAGUGAUGGACGGGAUUUUUCUGGUGGUGGGAUUCCUUGCAGAGCUAAAAAAACACUUGGAUAACGGCAAUCGAGAGGAAGCAGUUAGUUAUUAUAACCUCACGCCGUCGGAGAGCCAAAUAAUAGUGAAAGACAUUAUUAAGAUCGAAAACCAGCUUCCUCUUGAACUUAUCAAAGAUAUUGUGAACAAUGUGGAGGAUGCAAUAAAGGCCGUAGAAACCCCUCAGCAACAAACGUUUGGUUACAAGCUAAGCUUCAAGAAAAUAGCGCUCCACGACAUUAUCAAUCAAUUCUGCUGGUAUUAUUCCCCAUUCCACCGCAAGGAACCCAGAAAUAUUGGAGAUGUGCUCGAGAAGGGAAAACCGGAAUAUCUCUUGCAGUGCCUGCAUUUCAGCUUGAAAGGGGACAAGACCAAUGGAGCGACAACCGGGCAAGUGCGGCGAAGUCCCAGUGCUCGACAGCUGAAACGGUCUGGCGUGCGGCUUGAAGCUACAUCGGAGGCUACCAUCGAUGUCCUAUUCUCUAGGCCAAAGUUGCAAAUGCCGGCAUUGGUGUAUGACUUCAAGUUGGAGACAGUUGUUACGAAUCUCCUGGGAUGGGAAUGCUGGCCUGAAAAGCAACAGAAGCCGAUGACUCGGUAUCUGCAGUUUACCACUGAAUUGGUUGGCGAUCUCAGCGACGUUCAAGUGAUGAAGAAAUUUGGUCUCAUCAGAGGCCGGUGGAAGAAUUUGCAAGAAGUUCUUGAUUUGAUGAAGAGGAUUGAUCGGUCUGCAUCUUAUCCUUCUGUAUAUAUAGCCCUGGAUAAACAGAUUGGUGAGGUUUUGCAGUAUCACGAUGAGAGGAUGAAGAGCUUCUUCGUGAGGAAUCGGCCGACUGUGGUUUGGUUAUCAUCUUUUGCAGCUGCUUCUGCUAUCGCGACGGUUAUAUAUGCUUCAAGGAGGAGGAGGCAGGGGUGAGGCUGGCUUGAUCUGGCAUCUGGAUCUGUCACCAAGAAUUCUACCCAAUUUGUGCGACUUCAUAUAUUUAUUGUUCAGUAUGUUUUCUUAUAUUAUGUCCUCUCGAGUCUAAGUACUGUGUGCCUGGAAAGAAAUGGUUAAUAAAUGAAAUGAAUGAGGCUAAGGUUAAUAAA